AUACAGCCCGGUGCUCUCGCAGGGAACAAUGCAGCCAUACAGCCAGCUGGCAGAGCGCAGACCACGGCCGGGCAGGAAGGUACGGACAGGUCUCUGGGUGAGAGUAUGGGGCAUCCUCUGCCCCCAAGGAAUGUCUUAGGCUGUCACCUAAUCUCUGAGUCACAACAAGCAGCUCAGUCCCGGCUGGAGAAUCGGAUGGUUCUGGCUUAGUGGUGAUCUUUUCCACUCCAGUCUGCUGUAACAUCCUGGUGCAAGGAUGCUGUCUGUAAACUCAGAUGGGAAGGUUUUAGUCCGGAGAUGCUUCCUAACUCUCAGGCCCUUCCGGAUUUUUGUCCUGGGUAUCGGAUUUUUUACCCUUUGCUUCCUGAUGACCUCACUGGGUGGCCAGUUUUCAGCCAAGCGCUUGGCAGAUUCUCCAUUCACCAUCCGGACUGAAGUUCUGGGCAUGGGAGAGUCACGUGGAGCCUUGCGCAGAAUGAAUGACAUAUUAGAGACCCUGGUAAGGAGGAUGGAUAUCUUAGCAAGACUGGAAAAUGCCAGCGAGUCUCGGAGGGUAGAGGACACUGGACACUUCACUUUGGACAGCGUGCAGUCAAUGGGUCUGAUGGAGAAGAUACAAGCGAUUGCUCAGAAUGUGUCUGACAUUGCAGUCAAAGUGGAUCAGAUCCUGCGGAACAGCCUCUUGAGAGGAAAAGUGCUUGAAGGUCAGAGGGAUCUUUGUGACAUCCCAAGAGACCCCUGGUUUCCAGACUGUUUGGGAAAAGUAGAGUGGAUGCGAUCACGGUGGACAUCAGAUCCGUGUUAUGCUUUCUAUGGGGUGGACGGCACAGAGUGCUCGUUUCUCGUGUACCUUAGUGAGGUGGAAUGGUUUUGUCCAGUGCUUCCUUGGAGAAAUCAAUCUAUAAAUCCCUUUUUCAAACCCCGCCCCAAAAAACAGGCUGCCUUCCGCACAGAGCUCUCCUCUCUUCUCGACCUAAUGGAAACUGGCAAAGACUCUCUCAUUUUUAUGAAGAAGAGGCUGAGGAGGUUAGAGGCUCAGUGGCUGCUGGCUGCUCGGAGGUUGGAGGCCAGGAUUAAUAAUUCACCAAAGGAGCAGAAACAGAUCCUUGUCCACAUUGGAUUUCUGACAGAGGAGUCUGGUGACGUGUUCAGUCCAAGGGUGCUGAAAGGGGGUCCUCUGGGGGAGAUGGUGCAAUGGGCAGAUAUCCUUGCAGCACUCUAUGUCUUAGGACACAGUCUAAAAAUAACAGUGUCUGUGAAAGAAUUGCAGAGCUACUUAGGUGUCCCACCUGGAAGGGGAAAUUGCCCACUGACAGAACCUCUAGGUUUUGAUCUCAUUUACACAGACUAUCAUGGCAUGCAGCAAAUGAAGCAGCACAUGGGCCUGUCCUUCAGGAAAUACAGGUGCCGUCUACGUGUGGUGGACACAUUUGGGACAGAGCCGGCUUAUAACCAUGAAGAGUAUGCCACACUCCACGGCUAUCGCACAAACUGGGGAUACUGGAAUCUGCAUCCCAAACAGUUCAUGACAAUGUUUCCUCACACUCCAGAUAAUUCCUUCAUGGGAUUUGUAACGGACGAACUGAAUGAAACUGAGCGCCAACAGGUAACUCAGAACAAGGUCCGGAACAUGGCAGUUGUGUAUGGCAAGGAAGCAGCCAUGUGGAAGUUGCAGGGUAAAGAAAAGUUUCUGGCAGUAUUACACAAGCACAUGGAAGUACACGGGACUGUUUAUUUCGAAACCCAGAGGCCCCCUGAGGUUCCUGCAUUUGUGAAAAACCAUGGGUUGUUGCCUCAGCAGGAUCUACAGCAGCUGCUAAAGAAGGCCAAGCUGUUUAUAGGAUUUGGCUUUCCCUAUGAAGGACCAGCUCCCUUGGAAGCCAUCGCCAAUGGCUGUGUGUUCCUGCAACCACGUUUCAAUCCACCGCACAGCUCUCUCAACCAUGAAUUCUUCCGAGGCAAACCAACCUCCAGAGAGGUAUCAUCUCAGCAUCCCUACAUGGAGAUGACCAUUGGGCGGCCACAUGUCAUAACAGUGGACUACAAUAACACCCAAGAGUUUGAGGCAGCUAUAAAAACUAUUAUGAGGAGCAAGGUUGAUCCAUACUUGCCCUAUGAGUAUACGAGUGAAGGCAUGCUGCAGAGACUCCAUGCCUACAUUCAACAUCAGGAGUUUUGCUCCCAUCCUUUGCCAGUGCCCAUUCCUGUUAACACAUCCCAGGCUCCUUUGCCCUCUUGUUUGGUUCUCAUUAAUCACACACACCUGGUUUGGCCAUCCAGUGAACCUCCUCCCUCCAUCUGGCCCCCAGUCACGUCAAUGCAGGUCUGGCUGUCUGCAGAAGGGGAAUCAUGCACAAAUGCUUGCUGGGAGCGCGACUUGGUGUGUGAGCCCGCAUUCUUCAGUGUAAUCAACCGUCAGCGUGUUCUGGAGCAGCUUGGAGCCCAAUGUGACAGCACAGAAUCUGUCAUGAACCACUUGUACCCUGCUGUGUCACCCUCUGUCCGUGAGUGCUACCUCCAGAGGGAACCAUUGCUCUUCAGCUGUUCAGGACAAAGCACAAAGUUCCGCCGGCUAUGUCCAUGUAGGGACUACCACCCAGGACAAGUGGCGUUGUGCAAAGACUGCUCAUGAAACAGACCCAUUGCUAAGCCUGCCAUUUGUCAUCAUCAAACUUCCAGCGAGUUUUCGCAGAGACUGCCGCAUGCAGAGGUCCCACACCUACUGUAUUUUUUAUAACUCAAUUUAAAGGCUCGGAUCUUUGCUCUGGGGUUUAUGCUGCAGCAUAAAGCAAUAUAGUGUAAAAUAUACACUCAUACAGCAACCUGUGUAACAGUUCCUAGAGCCACGUAAUGAUAUCCUGCCCUCUUAUGAUUUCUGAUCCUUCUAUUGCACAAGGUACAACAAUAUUUCUAUGAAUAAAGCACAAUGAAGAUAUCAGAGGACACAUUGGUGGGAUUUUGAUUGUUACUGCAGAGCUGUCAGUGGAGGAUAAACCAAAAUAAAGGGCACGUUCUAACCGCAAUAUUUUGAAGAUAUUGGUAACACUGCCAUCCAGCAUGCAUAGACUCAGUGACAGAUAGGAGUGAUAGAACAUCAUUCCUAAACAUGAUAAAUGUGACUAUUUUUUUUUUUAAAGCCCGACAAGAAAACAGAAGUAUUUCUAACUGUUAGUUCAUUGAAACAAGUUGGACCAAAUGUGAAGUGUAUGAAUACCUAUUUGCCAGCCAUGUAGCAGUGAUUUUGUUUUGAAAUUAAAAUAUAUGCACCUAUCCUGAACAACUAGCAUUUCAGAUUCAGCUGGAGUGUUUUCAAAGACGCAGUGUGAGCAAUAGACAUUUUGUUUUCUUUUAAAUAUUUAUGUUCAAUAAAGGUUUAACUGGAAAGGAA